AUGGAUCUGGCUGUGGCCCUGGUGCUUGGUCUUUUCUGUCUGCUUCUUCUGCCACUCUGGAAUCAGAGCUCUGGGAAAGGGAAGCUCCCACCUGGCCCCACCUCUCUCCCAAUUCUUGGAAAUAUCCUACAGUUAUAUGUUAAGGCCAUCAGCAAAUACUUAAGCAAUCUCUCAAAAAUCUAUGGCCCCGUAUACACUCUGUAUUUUGGCAUGAAGCCAGUGGUGGUGUUCUGUGGAUAUGAAGCAGUGAAAGAAGCCCUGAUUCAUCUUGGAGAGGAGUUUUCUGGAAGAUCCAGUUACCCAAUGAAUGAAAAAUCUAGGAGAGGCCUUGGAAUCAUGUUUAGCAAUGGAAAGAGAUGGAAGCAGAUCUGGCGCUUCUCCCUCAUGAUGCUGUGGAACUUGGGGAUGGGGAAGAGGAGCAUUGAGGACAGAGUUCAAGAGGAAGCCCUCUGCCUUGUGGAGGAGUUGAGAAGAACCAAUGCUUCACCCUGUGAUCCCACUUUUAUCCUGAGCUGUGCUCCCUGCAAUGUGAUCAGUUCCAUUAUUUACCAGAACCGCUUUGAUUAUAAAGAUCAGACUUUUCUAAACCUAAUGGAAAAAGUGAAGGAAAACCUCAGGAUUCUGAACUCUCCGUGGAUCCAGGUCUGCAACAUAUUCCCUGUUCUCCUUGAUUAUUUCCCAGGAAGUUAUAACACAUUCCUUAAAACUUUUGCUCAAAUGAGAAGUUACACUUUGGAGAAAACCAGAGAACACCAAGCAUCCCUGGGCAUUAACAACCCUCAGGACUUGAUUGAUUUUUUCCUGAUCAAGAUGGAGCAGGAGAGACAGAAUGACCAAUCAGAAUAUACACUGGAAAACUUGACCGUCACUAUUGCUGACUCGUUUGCAGCUGGGACAGAGACAGUGAGCACCACUCUGAGACAUGGGCUCCUCCUGCUGCUCAAGCACCCAGAUGUCACAGCUAAGAUCCAGGAAGAGAUUGACCGUGUGAUUGGCGGACACCAGAGCCCCUGCAUGCAGGACAAGAGCCACAUGCCCUACACGGAUGCUGUGGUGCACGAGAUCCAGAGAUGCAUUGACCUGGUCCCCAUCAACCUGCCUCAUGCAGUCACUUGUGACAUUAAACUCAGAAACUACCUCAUCCCCAAGGGCACAACUGCUUUAAUGUUGCUGACUUCUGUGCUACAUGAUGGCAAAGAAUUCCCCAACCCAGAAGUGUUGGACCCUGGCCACUUCCUGGAUGAGGGUGGCAACUUUCGGAAAAGUGACUACUUCAUGGCUUUCUCAGCAGGUAACAAAAUUCAUUUUCUUCAUGACUUCAGAGGCCAAGAUGCCUAUUGAGGAUCAGUUGGAAAUGACAGAGGACCUACUACAGAGUCUCUUUCUGAUGACAAGAAACACAGUGUUCAAGGAGUAUGUGCUGUCUUUGUUAUUUUCUGGAAAAUGGGCUUGUGUAGGAGAAGGCCUGGCCCACAUGGAGCUGUUUUUAUUCCUGACCACAAUUUUACAAAAAUUUACCUUGCAAUCUGUGGUUGACUCCAAGGACAUUGACACCAGCGCUAUUUUUGGUGGUUUAGCUUCCAUGCCACCUUCUUACCAGCUCUGCUUCAUUCCUUUGUAAGGAAUGUUAGAUCCUUUGGGUUCUUUGAUGAUCUGGUUUUCACCUCCCUCUCAUCUGGGGCAUCGUUCACCUGUUUGCCAUCCAUCUUUCCUGAGAAUGCCUUCAUUGACCACCUCUCUUCCUUGUGGAAUUUCACUACAGAAAUGUAUCUGCUAUUCUUCACCUGUAUUGGAUGCGUUGCUAAUACUUGUCUAAUAUUAUGCAGUACUAUGUACUUAGUAUUAGGUACACCAUACAAAAUAAAACAAGGUGAUUAGCGUCUGCCAA